AUGAUGGCGGCCAAUGAAACCAAAGAUGACCUUUACGCUCUCUCUCUUCAGAAAGAAGAAGAAGAAAAGUAUAAGGAGUAUGAUCUCGGAUCUGACGACACUGAUGCCCCUCUGCCCCUAACCGUCACCUCUCGUGUAUUGUACAUGUUAGGUGAUAUUGCAGCAGGCCCUGCGUUUCGAUUUACUCAAUGGUUGGAGUUAGUACGGAAGCGUAGUGGCAAGUAUAAGUCCUCUGGCUUCCCUCAUCGCCCUCAUCGCCCUCAAAGACUUGAUAAUAUGCUCUUGAGUGCAGGAGAUUUAAGCUUGGAAUCAAAAAAUUCUCCUCUUUUUGAGCAAGUUGCAGAAAUCAGUUUGUGGGAAAGACUUGGUAAGGCUGCUAUGUUGAACAUUGAUCCAAGCUCCUUCUCUUGGGACAUGCUUUCUUCACUUCAUCACACUGAACAUAGCAGUAGCAAUGAGCAUUCAGAGGAUGAAAUGAGUAAAGCAUUAGAGGUGACAGUGAAUUCUGGUGGAGUUGUAUUCUUUGCACUAUUCAACAACAAUGAAAGUCGUGAGUUUCUCCCUAAGGAAGCAGCAGCUGUAAUAAAAAUAGCUUCUUCUAGAAUGGCUACACAAUCUGAACGCCUUGGCUAUGAAUUUGCAAGAUGGCUUGGUGUCAGAACUCCACAAGCUAGAGUCAUUCACAACUGUAGUAAUGAGUGGUUAAAGAUCAAAGAAGCUGCAGAAAAAGCAAAAGAAGCAGCAGUUUCUGAUGGAGAUGAAGUUGGUGAAGUCACAUGCUCAGAACUUCUAGAAGCUCUUGAACUCAGCCGAUGUCUUUAUCUCAUGAAUUAUGUGCAUGGAUGUCCUCUACUGGAAAGUUCAAGUCCAUUUAAAACACAAGAAGCUGCAGAAAAGACAGCAGCUGCCCUUGGGAGAAUUUUAAUGUUGGAUCUUGUUAUCAGAAAUGAAGACAGACUUCCAUGUCGUUACCUUCGUUGGAGGGGCAAUUCUGCAAAUUUACUUUUAGCAGACAAAAUGGCAACUGCAAAUAGGGAUGCGUUAGAAGAAGCCUUUGAUUCUGCUAUCAAAAGAUACAGACCAAGGGUAAUUCGGGCAUUACAGAAAGAAAGAAGGUCAACCUCAGUAGAUAGCAGAAUGAGUGUGGAUGGAUCCGAGUUAUCAUCAUCAAAAAGCUCUGAUCUUUCUGAUGCUAUAGGAUCUCCAAUCUCUUCUGAAAAACCCCUAAAAAGACAAAUCACAAUCGAUCCCAUAAUCGGUGAUUUUGACAUUGUAGCCAUUGAUUCCGGCGUCCCCCGGCGGCCGCCCGCCGGAAAACGCGCACAUGAUCAAGAAAACUACCCGAAACUUGUUGAGCUUUUAAUCAACAGCCCUGAAUACGCAUCACAUCUUUUAUAUGAAAUAACAAGUGGGAAACUAGGAGUCCCUCAAGAAGCCAUGGAAACUCCGGACAAUUCGCCCUUCAAAGACAUGAUUUCGGUUGUUCAUGAAUUCAGAAGUGGGUUUCGUGCAGCUCUCAUGAACUUACAGAGUUUUCAUAUAUUUCUUCUCACACUUCACCAGAAGUUGGAUAGUCUUUUAAAGAGUUUCAUGAACAUUAUUGAUAAAUCUUCUGGUGGUGAUUUUGAUAAAGAGGAUUUGAUGAUUCUUGAAUCUCCAUCACACUGUGUUUCACCACAAGGUAAAGGACAGGGUGAUACACAGGAGGGUUGUUGUAAUGAUACAGAAACACAGAAAACAGCUUCUUCAAAAGUGGCAUUAUCUUCAGGUUGCAAAGACAAUUUUGACUCCAUUUCUCCAAUUUCACAUGGAAAGUCUAGUAAUAAAGGGAGUGCAUCUGAACCUCUUCGCAGCAUGCGUAUCACCUCAAAGCUACGCGAUUUUCAUAAAUAUGCUAAGGUUGAUGCUGAACUAAACAAAGAACUAGAACAAUGGAACGAAUUACUUAAAAAUGAAGCAGUAAAGCUCUGCCAAGAGAAUAACUUCACUUCAGGGUUUUUCGAGGGCAGUGAGAGUAAUUCUGUUGUUGAUGCUUAUGAAUUGAAGCUCAGGCUUGAGCAUAUUCUUGAGAGGAUAUCAUUAAUAUCUGAUGCUGGAAACACAGAAAAACCUUCACUCAUCACAAACAGCCUAUUCAUUGGAGGGGCAUUAGCUGCAAGAUCUGUUUACACACUGCAGCAUUUAGGGAUUACACAUAUAUUGUGUCUGUGUUCUAAUGAAAUCGGACAGGCUGAAUCUCAACGUGCAGAUUUGUUUGAGUAUCAAAACUUUUCUAUAGGUGAUGAAGAAGAAGCAGACAUCAGUCAGAUCUUUGAAGAAGCUCAUCAAUUUAUUGAAGCUGUUGAACAAAAAGGUGGAAAGGUUCUGGUUCAUUGCUUUGAAGGGAGAAGCAGGAGUGCUACAGUUGUUCUUGCAUACUUAAUGAUGAGGAAGAAGCUGACUUUGUCGAAGGCAUGGAACAAGCUAAGAAGGGUACACAGGAGAGCGCAGCCAAAUGACGGAUUUGCCCGUGUACUUGUGGAGGUGGAGAGGAAGGUGCAUGGGAAGGUUUCAAUGGAAUGGCAACAGAAGAAGCCAUCAAUGAAGGUGUGUCCGAUAUGUGGGAAGAAUGCGGGGUUAAGCAGCAGCUCACUGAAGCUUCAUUUGCAGAAAUCUCAUAAGAAGUUGUCAUCAGGGAGUGUAGACAGUGCCAUGAGCAUGGAGAUUCAAAAGGUUUUGGAGGCACUCAACAUUUCAACGCCAAGACAAUCUCAUUCAAGCGAUUAAAUCACAUAUGCAAACUGCCACGUUUUAUUUGUGUUUGUGAAAAUUAAAUUGCCAACAUCGGUUUUAUAAUUGUACAUACAGCUACAGGUUUAAGCGUGUACAAUGUAAAAACUUUAAAUAAAAGUUAAACGGUUAUAGUCAGAUGAUAUAUGCUGAGAUAACAUUGGUUAGACAGUUAAGUCCAUUGCACUCCUUUACCA